UCGCCGGGCACGCACGGGGCAGGUCCCUCGCGGCGCGCGCCUCAGGGGCCGUUAUCCCGCGGGCCACGCACGCGCAGCAGUGAGGGGGCGCGCGCGCGGGAGCGGCGGCCGCAGGAAGGAGGCGCCGCCGCCGCCAUUGCGAGCAGGGAGGCAGGCGGGGAGCGCGCGAGGCCGGUCCGCCCGCCCCCCGGCGCCCGCCCCUCCCCCCGUCCCCUCCCCGCCCCCCGCCCCGAGGGAGCGCCGCGGCCGGCGGGAGGAGGAGGUGGAGGAGGCGGAGGAGGGAGCCCGCGAGGGAGGGUCCGCCCGGCCCCCCGCCGCCGCCACCGCCGCCUCAGCCGCCUCAGCCGCCUCAGCCGCCGCCGCGGGACGACGAGCCGCAGAAACAUGGCGCCGGGGCCGCCGUCGCCGCGGCCGGGAUCCCCGCGGCCCGGGCCGCGCUGAGGGCGCCCCGCCGGAAGAAAUGUUGGCUCUCUGGCGAUGAGAAGUGGCCAGAACUGACCCCGUCCUAGUGAAGCUACACUAUGGGCAGCCGGCCCCCACUGAUGGUGUCAGCAAGCCGGUGGGGCCCCUUGGGAACACGAGUCUGAUCCCGGACGUGGCCGACUGUGGCAGGAUGUGUCGACAAUGAUGAUGGCAAGAAAGCAAGAUGUCCGCAUCCCCACCUACAACAUCAGCGUGGUGGGCUUGUCCGGGACCGAGAAGGAGAAGGGCCAGUGUGGCAUUGGGAAGUCGUGUCUGUGCAACCGUUUUGUGCGCCCAAGUGCCGAUGAGUUCCACCUGGACCACACCUCGGUGCUCAGCACCAGUGACUUCGGGGGGCGGGUGGUCAAUAAUGACCAUUUCCUCUACUGGGGCGAAGUUGGCCGCUCCCUGGAGGACUGUGUGGAGUGUAAGAUGCAUGUGGUGGAGCAGACUGAGUUCAUUGACGACCAGACCUUCCAGCCGCACCGCAGCACAGCCCUGCAGCCCUACAUCAAGCGCGCUGCCGCGACCAAGCUCGCGUCGGCCGAGAAACUCAUGUACUUUUGCACUGACCAGCUGGGGCUGGAGCAGGACUUUGAGCAGAAGCAGAUGCCGGAUGGGAAGCUGCUGAUCGAUGGCUUCCUCCUGGGCAUCGACGUCAGUCGGGGCAUGAACCGGAGCUUCGACGACCAGCUCAAGUUCGUCUCCAACCUCUACAAUCAGCUUGCAAAAACCAAGAAGCCCAUCGUGGUGGUCCUGACCAAGUGUGAUGAGGGCGUGGAGCGGUACAUUCGCGACGCACACACUUUUGCCUUAAGCAAAAAGAACCUCCAGGUCGUGGAGACCUCGGCCCGGUCCAACGUGAAUGUGGAUUUGGCUUUUGGCACCUUGGUGCAGCUCAUCGACAAGAGCCGGGGGAAGACGAAGAUCAUCCCGUACUUCGAGGCCCUCAAGCAGCAGAGCCAGCAGAUUGCCACGGCCAAAGACAAAUAUGAGUGGCUGGUGAGCCGCAUUGUGAAGAGCCACAACGAGAACUGGGCGAGCGUCAGCCGCAAGAUGCAGGCCUCCCCCGAGUAUCAGGACUAUGUCUACCUGGAGGGCACCCCGAAGGCCAAGAAACUCUUCCUGCAACACGUCCAGCGCCUGAAGCACGAGCACAUUGAGCGCAGGCGGAAGCUCUACCUGGCUGCCCUGCCACUGGCCUUCGAGGCGCUGAUCCCCAGCCUUGAGGAGAUCGACCACCUGAGCUGCAGCAAAGCCAAGAAGCUGCUGGAAACCAAGCCUGACUUCCUGAAGUGGUUCGUGGUGCUGGAGGAGACCCCAUGGGAUGCCACGAGCCACAUCGACAACAUGGAGAAUGAGCGUGUCCCCUUUGACCUGAUGGAUACAGCACCCGCCGAGCAGCUGUUCGAGAGCCACCUGGAGAAGCUGCGCAAUGAGAGGAAGCGGGCAGAGAUGCGGAGGGCGUUCAAGGAGAACCUGGAGACCUCGCCCUUCAUCACACCCGGCAAGCCCUGGGAGGAGGCCCGCAGCUUCAUCAUGAACGAGGACUUCUACCAGUGGCUGGAAGAGUCCGUCUACAUGGACAUCUACGGCAAACACCAGAAACAGAUCAUUGACAAGGCAAAGGAGGAGUUCCAGGAGCUGCUUCUGGAGUACUCAGAGCUGUUCUAUGAGCUCGAGCUGGACGCGAAGCCCAGCAAGGAGAAGAUGGGAGUCAUCCAGGAUGUCCUAGGGGAGGAACAACGCUUUAAAGCACUGCAGAAGCUCCAGGCAGAGCGGGACGCCCUCAUCCUGAAGCACAUCCACUUUGUGUACCACCCCACGAAGGAGACGUGCCCCAGCUGCCCCGCCUGCGUGGAUGCCAAGAUUGAGCAUCUGAUCAGCUCCCGGUUCAUCCGCCCCUCCGACCGGAAUCAGAAGAACUCCCUCUCUGACUCCAACAUCGAUCGGAUCAAUCUGGUCAUCCUGGGCAAAGACGGCCUCGCUCGAGAGUUGGCCAAUGAGAUUCGAGCACUCUGCACAAAUGAUGACAAGUAUGUGAUCGAUGGGAAAAUGUAUGAGCUCUCACUGAGGCCCAUCGAGGGCAAUGUCCGGCUCCCCGUGAACUCCUUCCAGACCCCGACCUUCCAGCCCCACGGCUGCCUCUGCCUUUACAACUCCAAGGAGUCGCUGUCCUACGUGGUGGAGAGCAUCGAGAAGAGCCGGGAGUCCACCCUGGGUCGGCGAGAGAACCACUUGGUCCAUCUCCCCCUGACGUUGAUUUUGGUGAACAAGAGAGGCGACCCCAGUGGUGAGACUCUGCACAGCCUGAUCCAGCAAGGCCAGCAGAUUGCCAGCAAGCUGCAGUGCGUCUUCCUGGACCCAGCUUCCGCUGGCAUCAGUUAUGGCCGCAAUAUCAACGAGAAGCAGAUCAGCCAAGUGCUGAAAGGCCUCCUGGACUCCAAGCGGAACUUAAACUUGGUCAGUUCCACAGCGAGCAUCAAGGACCUAGCGGAUGUGGACCUGCGGAUCGUUAUGUGUCUGAUGUGCGGGGACCCUUCCAGUGCCGAUGACAUCCUCUCCCCAGUCCUUCAGUCUCAGACCUGUCAGUCAGCCCAGUGCGGAAGCCACAACUCCGUGUUACUUGAACUGCCCGUCGGGCCGCACCGGAAGCGCAUUGAACUGUCAGUCCUUUCGUACCAUUCCUCGUUCAGCAUUCGGAAGAGCCGGCUGGUCCACGGGUACAUUGUUUUUUACUCUGCCAAACGAAAGGCCUCUCUGGCUAUGCUACGUGCCUUUCUGUGUGAGGUGCAGGACAUCAUCCCUGUGCAGCUGGUGGCCCUCACGGGCGGGGCUCUUGACGUCCUCGACAAUGACCUCAGCCGGGAGCAGCUGAGUGAGGGGGAGGAGAUCGCGCAGGAGAUCGACGGGCGGUUCACGAGCAUCCCCUGUAGCCAGCCCCAGCAUCGGCUAGAGCUCUUCCACCCCUUCUUCAAGGACGUGGUGGACAAGAAGAACAUCAUUGAGGCGGCGCACAUGUACGACAAUGUUGCCGAGGCUUGCAGCACUGCCGAGGAAGUGUUCAACUCACCCCGCGCUGGCUCACCCCUCUGUAACUCGAACCUGCAGGACUCGGAGGAGGACCUUGAGCCCCCUUCUUACAGCCUGUUCCGGGAAGACGCAUCCCUGCCGUCCCUGUGCAAAGACCACUCGAAGCUCUCCAUGGAGCUGGAGGGCAACGACGGGCUGUCUUUCCUCGUGAGCAGCUUCGAGAGCAAACUCAACAACAAAGUACCUCCACCAGUCAGACCAAAGCCUCCCGUCCAUUUUGAUAUCACCAAGGGGGACCUCUCCUACCUAGACCAAGGCCACCGAGAGGGCCAGAGGAAGUCAGUGUCAUCCAGCACCUGGCUCCCUCCCGAUGGCUUCGAUCCUUCCGACUACGCUGAGCCCAUCGAUGCGGUGGUCAAGCCUCGGAACGAAGAAGAAAACAUCUACUCAGUGCCCCACGACAGCACCCAGGGUAAGAUCAUCACCAUUCGGAAUAUCAACAAGGCCCAGUCCAACGGCAGUGGGAACGGUUCCGACAGUGAGAUGGAUACCAGCUCCCUGGAGCGCGGUCGCAAGGUCUCCAUCGUGAGCAAGCCCGUGCUGUACAGGACGAGAUGCAGCCGGCUCGGGAGGUUUGCUAGUUACCGGACCAGCUUCAGCGUGGGCAGUGACGACGAGCUGGGGCCCAUCCGGAAGAAAGAGGAGGACCAGGCCUCCCAGGGCUUCAAGGGGGACAGCGCCGUCAUUCCUUACGAGACUGAUGAGGACCCCAGGAGGAGGAACAUUCUCCGCAGCCUUCGAAGGAACACUAAGAAACCAAAGCCUAAACCUCGGCCAUCCAUCACAAAGGCGACCUGGGAGAGCAACUAUUUUGGAGUGCCCUUGACCACUGUGGUGACUCCGGAAAAGCCCAUCCCUGUCUUCAUCGAGAGAUGUAUCGAGUACAUUGAGGCCACAGGACUGAGCACUGAAGGCAUCUACCGGGUGAGCGGGAACAAGUCGGAGAUGGAGAGUCUGCAGAGACAGUUCGACCAAGACCACAACCUGGACUUGGCCGAGAAGGACUUCACUGUCAACACCGUGGCCGGUGCCAUGAAGAGCUUUUUCUCCGAACUGCCCGAGCCCUUGGUCCCCUACGGCAUGCAGAGCGACCUGGUGGAGGCGCACAAAAUCAACGACCGUGAGCAGAAGCUGCACGCACUCAAGGACGUGCUGCGGCGCUUCCCGCGAGAGAACCACGAGGUCUUCAAGUACGUCAUCUCGCACCUCAACAAGGUCAGCCACAACAACAAGGUGAACCUGAUGACCAGCGAGAACCUGUCCAUCUGCUUCUGGCCCACGCUCAUGCGGCCCGACUUCAGCACGAUGGACGCGCUGACGGCCACGCGCACCUACCAGACAAUCAUCGAGCUCUUCAUCCAGCAGUGCCCCUUCUUCUUCUACAACCGGCCCAUCAGCGACGCCCCGGGCGCCGCGCCCAGCUCCCCGUCGGCCCUAGCCGCCGCCGUGCCCUUCCUCACGUCCACCCCGGUCACCAGCCAGCCCUCCCCACCCCAGUCCCCACCGCCCACCCCGCAGUCCCCUCUGCAGCCCCUGCUCCCCGCGCAGCUGCAAGCCGAGCACACGCUGUGAGCCCCGGGACUGGCGGGCACGGCUAGGUAGGGCGGGGGGCUGCCCCGGGAUCGGGCGCCCCGCAGGACUGAAGGGCCAGCCCGGGCCCGCGCCCCGCUCCCCACCCGCUGGACAGAGCCCGGGACGCAGUGCCCCCAGAGAACACGCCCCAUCUGUUGGGUCCGUCCCCGCCCGGGGCACAGCCUGGCCGGCCCCUCCCGGGGAACACUCAGUCAGCCAGCGCCGUGCCCCCCAGGUACGCUGCUGAAGGCGCUAGCACGGUGGGGAGGGCGGGGGAGAUAGUGGGGGGGACUGGACCAGAAGAGUGCACGCCCCCAGCCCCUCCCCAGGCUUCGGGACACAAUCCCCUCCAACAGGAACACUGGAAGGAAAGCAAGAGCCCCCCCUCCCGGGACCCACGGAAGAAGGAACCGCAGACCUGGGGGACGGGGGCAGGGGGGCAGGCAUCUGAGAGCAAAACUGGGGUGCCGGCGCCUGCCCGCCCCCAACCCCGGCUCCGGCGCCUGCUUUCCACUCACUACAGAGCUACCGAACGUUGCUGCUGCUGCUGCUGCGUGUGUGCUGCGUGCGUGCCCACGCGCCCUGCAGGCAGGGUCCGCCCCGGGACCGAGGGGAGGGGCGUGCGGGGGUGCCCGGCGAACUGGGGGUGAGGUUAGUGUUGGCUGUGUGGGAGUGAAUCCAUUUUCUUCACUGAAGCGGGGGCGGGAAGAGAGGAGCCCCGAGGUGUGGGGGCAGCCGGACUCCCCAGCGUCCCCCCAGCUUCCCCCUCCCUAAGCUGCUCGCACCGCGGAGAGGGCGGGGCCGCGGCCUGUGGGUCCCUUUGCACUUUACGCAGCAGCGCCUGUGGCCCUGCGCCCCCAGCCCCCAGCCCCACACUUGCGCCCUGCUGCCGGCAGGGGGUGCCCAGCCUCCUGUGACUCUCCUGCAGCCCAUCAGGUGCUUGGAAAAUGGGGCUCUCAUCCCCCACCCCCGUUCUCCUGCAGGGUUCCCCAGGGGUAGAUUCCUGCUGCUGGCACCGUGCUGGCCUGGCAUGGGGGCUGCCUGGCUCUGCUCUGCCCUAGGACACCCUACAGCCAGAGAACAGAUGCCCGUGCCUGUCCCUGCCAGCCGGGCGAGGGGUCACUCUGCGUGGGCAUCACCGCGGGGGGCGGGCGUCAGUCCACGGGAACCCCCUGUCCUUGCACGCACACAGCCCUGGGAGCUGCUCCGGGACGGCCCACCACCCCUACCUGGAGGUGAAUGGGGGGUUUCCCCGGGGAGGGGGUGCCAGAGCCCUAGCCUGGCACGGGGGGGCUCGAAGGGUCAGUCCUCCACAGGGUGUCGUGAGGGCGCAGGGAAUAGCAGGGAGCAGCCCUGAAACGAAACCCACGAGCACACAAAGAGCAGAGGGAGCCAGGUGCCCCCCCCCCCGCCCUCCUGGGGGCCCACACUACUUGGGGGUCACCUGCUAGGCAAAAGGCUCCCUGAGGGUCCCUUGCUGGUCCCAGCAUGCCCUCUGACCCCGGCUGCUGUGGGCCCUCUGCAGGCCCCAGGCACAUGUGCUUGGGAAGGGACCAGGACCCUCCGUCCGGGCCGGACCCCAGGGGUUCCACUUACUGCCUCCCAGGGCCCCGGCCGCUGCAUCGUCCCACGUCGCAGUGACAGGGCGUAAGUUAUUGUUUGCAUAAAAGAAUCAUGUCUCCUGUGUACAUUUAAGAAAAGGAAAUGUGGGGAUUGUCUGGGAAUAAAACGUCUGAAAAUUCGGAACAGUGCUGCCGCCAGCUUAUUUUUCUGGUACUUGUAUUUUUCACCUGUUAAAUGCUCUCUCUAUAUGUUGAAUAAUAUAUCUUGAGUUUCCUGAGAACAAACACACACACGGAUGGGGUUGAUCGGUCUUUGUAGGCUGGCCGCAGAAGUGGAAAACUGUCAAGUACAACAAGUAUUUCUUUGUAUUUGGGGGGUUUGAGUCUGGACGCAGAGCCGGCGUUAGGAAUGUUCAGUUCAUUUCCAGCCUUUUUUGUUUGGGUUUUUUUGUUUUGUUUUUUUGGACUCGUCGUGGGGUUGUGCUGGAGGGCUGAAGCCAGGCUUCUCGCACAGGUGUUUCUGUUUGGUUUUGUUUUUGAAAAUCUUGUAUUUGCUACCAAGUAUUGUACUUGUCUCAAUGGGAACGGUGUAAAGAACUGAAGGCCUUAUGUGACAUGUAUCAUAGUUAAUAAAUCAAUCUUGUACAAAA